AUGGUGCUGGGUUAUACAGCGUAUUUCUCACAUCCUAUGGUUGCUGCAGCCGUUAUCAUCCAUUUAGCUGCAGACGGAACCAGCUUCAUCGACCAAGCCCAGUGUAACAUCACAGUCCAACUGAUUGACACCAAAGAGGGCGUCCACAGCUUAGGCGACUGGCGUUUGAGCUGCCGCACCAAUCCGCUAGUCAUCCCAGUGAGUCAUGACUUGAGCAUGGCCUUCUACCACACCAAAGCCAUUCUCCUCAUGUUCCGCUCCGAUCUUGUGGCCAUCUCUGGCAUCGGCCUGCGUUCCUUCCAGUUCUUUGACCCAAUCACCAUCAGCGGCUGUCAGAGCAAUGAAAUAUACAACCCCAUGGGCCAAAG